UUGUAUCCAAAACAUCUUUUCCGGCGCCAUAUUUGGUGUUUGGCCCCCCUGGUACUGGGAAAACUAUGACUAUGGUAGAAGCAAUAUUUCAGGGUCGUGUAUGAUCGCUGAAAAUGAAUACGGAUAGGACCAUUGACGAACCAAGCAUAAAAAAGGUUUAUCAUUCCGAUUCAAAAUGCAAGAUUUUAAUAUGUGCCCCAUCGAAUAGUGCCGUCGAUGAAUUAACUAAGCGCUUAGUUAGAAGAGGCAUCUCGAAUUGUGAACUCUUUCGCUGGAUAUCAUCUUCUUAUUCAAUCGAAGCGGUCCCAGUGGACAUAAUAAAAUUUAGUAAUAUCGACUGUAAAUUGGGACAGUAUUUUCACCCUAGCAUUAAGGAGAUUUUGAAGUUCCGUAUUGUAGCUACGACUAUAGUUAGUGCGGCUAAAUUAUACAAUGGUGGCACACCUACUGGACAUUUUACGCACGUGUUUAUAGACGAAAGUGGGCAUGCUAAGGAAUCAGAAACGCUUAUUCCAAUUGCUGGAAUAUUGACUUCUCCUGGAACAUUACAUGGUCAAAUAGUUCUUGCUGGUGAUCCCCAGCAACUCGGUCCUAUAAUUCACUCUGAUCAAGCUAUAACAUACGGUUUUGGAACAUCGAUGCUAGAGCGGUUUAUGAAAACGGUAUCUUUAUAUCAACGUGACGCCAACGGUCAGCAUAAUCCAAAUAUGUUCACAAUGCUUUUGCAAAAUUAUCGGUCUCAUCCUUAUAUCUUACAUACUCCCAACAAACUAUUUUAUGGCAACGAAUUAAUACCUUGCGGAUAUAGCGAAUCAUAUGUUGGGGAAGAGUGGCAGUUCUUAAAAAACAAAAAAAUUCCAGUUUUGUUCCAUGGUGUGAUAGGGCAGGAUAAGAAAGAAAAUAAUUCUCCAAGCUAUUUUAAUAUGGAUGAAGUUGCUGUCGUAAUGAGUUAUAUAGAUAAGUUGAUAAAAUUUGGUUUAAGAAAUUGUCAUAUAAAUGCGGAACAAAUUGGGAUAAUUUCACCUUAUACAAAACAGGUAAUACAUAGAUACUCCCCUAAUAUAUAGGGUAUUCUGUUAUCAUCGAAAAAGCGCGCCGUAGAGAAUGAAACUUUAGUAGAUAAGUCCACAAAAGACUAAGGACGCUAGGUAUUCUGAUAAUGGAGAACAUCAGUCGGUAUGUAUAUUUGCUGAAACUUUGACACAAUGACACUUACAAGUCUAGAAAGACAUCGUUUUCUGUUUUAUUUAAAUAGACGUAGUAUUUUUGAAGUUACAAAUUUUAGUAGCAUCGUCAAUUUCAAAUUUCUCUCUUAGACGCCCACUGUUGUCACUUUACAACGCGGUGAAGUCACUGGUGCGACUGACCUCUGUGUAGGUAUAAAUAAUUUCGCAUUGUUUUGCCACACAUUUAUAACUAAUGUGCUAAAGUUUUGUGAUACUUUUAACACUUCUCAAUAUAACUACAAUAUUCAUAUUUACUAGGGUGUCAGAUUUGCAACAAUCAAGGACGAAUAGUUUGUCAACAAAAAAUAAUUGAAGUGCCUAAAAUGUAUUUCUUAAUCCUAAGUUUUCUGAGAUUUCUUUUAACAGAUGUCUAAAUUUU